AUGGAAACUGAUUCAGAUCUCGAUGAAACAAUGCUUUCCCAAAUAGAUUUUGACAAUCUGGAAGUUUUAGAUGAAGUAGGCGAGGGCGAUUCCAUUUUACAAUUAAUUAAAGAGAAAGAAGAUGUUGAAAAAGCAAGUGAAGGAGAGUCAAGCAAGAAUCAGAAAGAAAGUUUAGAUGUAAGAACGGAAACAGAAAAGGGGAAGGGAAGUGUUGAAAAAGUUGAAGAAGAAUGGGAGAGAACAGUAAAAUUUACAGAUGACAGAAAAGUUGUUAAGAACAAAGAAGGUGAAGAGAAAAGCAAAGAAGAAGUAGAAUUAUUUGAAAAGUUGCAAGCAUGUAAAAGAAAGAGAAUGGAUGAUUAUGAAGAAGAAAUUAAAAUUGCGAAGGAGCUAUUCAGGGUGCAAGAAAAGGGAAAAGAGGCGGCAAGAGCAGAAAAACUUCAAAAGCAGAAAGAAGAAGAAGAACGGAAGAAAAAAUUUAAGCCAGAAGAAAAGGCGCGCAUUGCGUAUCAAGAGGUUCUUCUCAUGCACCAACAAUCUGAACAUCUCGUCAUUGUCGCAAAUGAAGUCAGGGCUGCUGCUUCGGUAGCUUCAACAGCAGCGUUGAAUUACUUGGAAAAGUAA